AUGGCAGCACAGCUGUUUCGUGCCCUCGUCGAUGUACUCCCCGCACCCUCGCAGCGGCAAGACAUCGCCGAAGAAACUGUCGUCGAUGAUGCCGUCUUCGCUUAUGUGGUUGAUCGGCCGCGUUCGAUGCUCCCCACCGACCUUCUCGAUCGGGCAGGGCUGCGAGAGAUUGAGUGGAUGGAGAGCGCACAACAGAAGCCUCUCAACACGCCACCCCCUCCUUCUUGCGAGACAGCGAGCAACAUCGGUGUUUCCUCGCGCAAAAAUAAUUGCAGGGACGACGCUGCCGACGCAUCCGCUGCCCUACCAGGGCCCUCCACCUCCACCGGGCAUCUUCGCAUCAUACACGUGGCUCCGUCUCCCUCGUUCUGGCGCCUUCCAAGACAGGCUUUCCCCGCUCCACGGCACGACGUGCACCGCACCUGGUCGUGUGCACAGGGGCAGACGAGUCUCCCUCUAGAGCCCAUCACACCCACUCGCGACGGGGUCCCCCUCCCUGUGCACCUCGCCACGCCGUCGCCGACUCGGCCAGCUGUGUCGAUGCCGGCCCGCACGGUUCCUCGUGUCCAUCGUACGACGACGUCUGCGCAUCCCUUCAGACAGGAUGUGGUGGAGAUGAGCAGCCGUGAGUCUUCCUUGCUGGCUGACCUGUGUGGUGUGCGACAUCGGGCGGCGCCCACGUCAGCCUCCCCAUCGCGUGCGUCGCUGCCUUGUGAAUGCGCGCUGAGGGUGCAGUACGGCCCUGGCGUCUCGAGCUAA